AUGAGCUACAAGGCAGUCGAAAUUAAAGGUACUAUGGGAUUCGGAACCAUGAGUAUGACCUGGACCCCAACACCACCACCAACAGAAAAGUCUAUUGAAACAUUGAAGUAUGUUACUGGAGAGAAGGGUGUUUCAUUGCUUAACGGAGGAGAAUUCUAUGGAUCUGAUUUUGCCAACUUGAAGUUAAUUAAGAAGUUUCUUGAUUCCAAUGAAGGAGGCAUUAACAGUCAAUUGGUUAUUGGGAUAAAAGGUGCUUUGAACAACGCCACUUUAGCUCCAGAUGGAUCUAAAGAAAGUGUUGUUAGAUCUGUUAACACUUUGACUGAGUAUUUCCCCGUGGAUAUGCCCAAUAGACCCAAGAUGUUGUUUGAGAUUGCCAGAGUUGAUCCUAACAUUCCAUACGAGGAUACCAUUGGCUACAUUGCUGAUUUUGUUAAGGAGGGAAAGAUCGAUGGGAUUUCCUUAUCGGAAGUCGGUUUAGGGUCCAUUGCCAAAGCAUGUAACGUAUUCCCUAUAAGUUGUGUUGAAUUAGAAUUGUCCCUUCUUUGUCAAGACUUGAUAACCAAUGGGAUCUUACAAGAGUUAUCUUCUAGACAGAUUCCUAUAGUGGCCUAUUCCCCUUUGUGUAGAGGACUUUUAACUGAUUCUCAUGUGAAGAACCAAAACUCGUUCCAUGAUAACUUACACCCCCACGAUAUGAAGAACCAUUUAGAGAAGUUUUCUAAGGAGAAUUAUGGUGCCAACAUGAAGUUGGUUAAUGCUUUACAUGAGUUUGCUCAUCAGAAGAAGAAGACUUCAUUGGAAUCAUUAUCAUUAUCAUGGAUCGUGGCUAUAUCCGGUAGAAGUAACUUCAAUGGUAUAUCGAAAGUUACCAGGAUCUUACCCAUACCCAGUGGGUCAAGUAAGGAGAAGAUUGAUAAUAAUUUGGAUAACAUUGUUGAAUUAACUGAUGAGGAUUUGAAAGAGAUCAACGAGAUAAGUGAGAAGUAUCCUGUGCAAGGUCUUAGAUAUAAUGCUGCCCAUGAGAAGUUUACGUUUGCGUAA